UGUGAGCCCUCGUGGGCCCGGCAGGUCUCACGGAAGGCCUUCCUACACACGUCCAGGCUGUGCUGUUUCCCUUCUGCCUACCUCCCUGCCCUUCUGUGUGGCGCUUGGACGCUGUGAGCCCGAGUUCUGUCGCUUUCCUAAGGUUCGCACAAAGGGGAUUGGUGUGGAUGAGGUGACCUUAGUGCUUUUUCCAACCUCGGUGAUUCUGCGGCUGUGUGCUCGCUUGGUGCCGUGCGGCACAUUGAGCCCUGUUACAUCAGUUAGAAGCCGUUCGGGUUCCCAUAGCAAAUGUGUCCCUGUGGCUCCUUCCUCCCAGCACGGAGCCCAGCGGGAGCUGUGCCGGCUGCAGAGCUGUGGCUGACAGAAAAUGCUCUGAAAUUGAACAGGAUAGUGCCUGCCUCAACUCAGUCUGCCUGAAAAGCUCUUCCUCCGCCCAGAGACCCGUUUGUCACCAAGAGGGAAUCUCUCCAGCGGCCCAACUCGGCGAGUGAUGGGCUCGGAGAACAGUGCUUUAAAGAGCUACACGCUGGAAGAGCCGCCGUUCGUGCUGCCAACUGGACACACCAUUUAUCCAGCUGUGCUGCAAGAUGGCAAACUUGCUUCUGUCUUUGUGUACAAGCAGGAGAACGAGGACGUGGUUAAUAAAGCUGCCAAGCACCUGAAAACCUUGCGCCACCCAUGCCUUCUGCGCUUCCUCUCUUGCACUGUGGAAGCUAAUGGGAUCCAUUUGGUUACUGAACGCGUGAAGCCUUUGGAGAUGGUCCUGGAGACACUUUCUUCUGCAGAGAUCUGCGCAGGGAUCUACGAUGUGCUGCUGGCACUCACUUUCCUCCAUGACAGGGGAAACCUCACUCAUAACAACGUCUGUUUAUCGUCUGUGUUUGUAAGCGAGGACGGGCACUGGAAACUGGGAGGAAUGGAAACAGUCUGUAACUUUAAUGAAGCCACCCCAGAGUUCCUCUGUCAUGUCAAAUCAGUGCGAGACCAGUCGUGCAUCCCAUGUGAGGAGCUGUCUGUAGAUUUCAAAAUUCUGCCCAGCAGCUGCGGGCAUGCAAGGGACGCCUAUGCCUUUGGAGCCAUGGUUGAAAAUCUCCUGACAGCCCUAAAUGAUCAGGUUUCAGCAGAUAUUCUCUCCAGCUUUCAGCAAACCCUGCACUGUACUCUGCUGAAUCCAGAUCCAAAGUGUCGUCCUCCACUGUCCAGCUUACUGUCUCAUGAAUUCUUCAGGAAUGAUUUUCUGGAAGUUGUGAACUUUCUGAAGACCUUAACACUAAAAUCUGAGGAGGAGAAAACAGAAUUUUUCAAGUUCCUGCUGGACAGGGUGGCUGGCUUGUCAGAGGAGCUGAUAGCAUCACGGCUGGUGCCUCUUCUACUCAAUCAACUUGUGUUUGCUGAACCUGUAGCUGUCAGGAGUUUUCUUCCUCAUCUGCUGGGGCCAAAGAAAGAGCAAACUGGAGAAAGCCAGACCAGCUGCCUCCUGUCGCCAGCCUUGUUCCAGACUCACGUGAUUCCUGUGCUGCUGAAGCUCUUUGAGGUUCAUGAGGAGCACGUGCGGAUGGUGUUGCUGUCUCACAUUCAUGCCUAUGCAGAACUGUUCUCUCGGGAAGAGUUGAAAAACAUCAUAUUGCCACAGGUAUUGCUGGGCCUUCGAGACACUAGUGACUCUAUUGUGGCAAUAACACUACACAGCUUAGCAGUUCUUGUCUCCCUGCUUGGACCUGAAGUGGUUGUAGGUGGUGAAAGAACAAAGAUUUUCAAAAGCUCUGCACCAAGUUUCAUGAAAACUGCUGAUCUCUCCCCAGAAGACUCACCAACUCAUGCUGUAAGCAAUCAGAGACACCAAACCUCUUGGCCUUUGAAGAACAAUUCCAGCGUGCUCCCUGUCUCUGGAAACGCAGUUGUCAAGAAGCAUUCUGUGCAACAAGACAAUCCACUGGCUUUUAAAGGUGAGCAAACCACUCAGCUCCCCCUUAAUGGAGUUCCUGGGAGCAUUAAUGUGCUUGGGAACAGCAGGAGCUCUUUAACUACCUCCGAAAAGCCAGCAGAGGAGUGGCCAGACUGGAGUGAGCCAGAGGAGACAGAUACUGAGAAAACUGUGAACAUCCAAAUUCAGCCCCAAAAACCACAGGGCAGCACGGGACCUUAUUUUGUUGAACAUGAUGUAGAUGAGAAGCCUUGGGAUGACUUUGAGCCCAGCAGCCCUCAUACUGACCUGACCUCAGGAAACUGCUUCACUGUGACACAAGCUGAUGCAGCUGAAAUGCGAAGGACUCUCCUGGGUACCCAUCAACAGAGCAAAGAGUUAGAAAGCCUCAAAGUGAGUCCCUCAACAAAGUCCUCCCCUAAGAACAGCUGGAACAGUAACAAGCAGGACCAUCAAGGACAACUAGGAAAAACUGUGCUGCCCAAACAAACCUUAGAGGAAAGAUUGAAGUCUUCAUCGGAGUCUGGCCUAGGAGAAGAAUUCACCAUCAAAGUGAAGAGGAAACCAGUGCAAGACCCUGAGCUGGACUGGUUUGCUGACAUGAUACCAGACAUUAAACCUUCUUCAGCAGUCUUGAUUUUACCUGAAGCAAGGACAGAAGCAGUUGUUCCCAGUCACCCUGGUGCAGAAUCCAGCAGAGAAGGUGCCUCCCAGAAUGCGCUGUUUUCAUCCAAAUUUGCAGCAGUUGAUGUUAGUGAGGCUGAAGCUGCAGGCUGGGGUGAAGAAGAAGAGUUGAACUGGGAAGAUGAUGCUAACUGGUAAUGGGACUGAAAGAGACAAAGGCAAUUUAUGCUGUGUUGGAAUCUGUAAGAGAAGUUGCUGCUUCUACAAUAUAAUGGAUAAGUACCUCAGCACUGCUUUUGUGAAAAGGCAGGCACUUGCUGCAGCAGCCAGCAAAAUCCCAGGGGGCCCAAUC